GGCCGGGGGCGGAGCGCGGGGCGGCCGGCGGCUCCCGGCUCCCGGCUCCCGGCUCGCGCGGCUCGCCGCCCCGGCCCCGGCCCUGCACCUGUGACUGUCGCGGCGCUCGCCCUCCCCGCCCGGCGCCCGCGGCCCCCAUGGCCCCGUCCCGCCUGCAGCUCGGCCUCCGCGCCGCCUACUCCGGCCUCAGCUCCGCGGCCGGCUUCUCCAUCUUCCUCGUCUGGACCGUGGUGUACAGACAGCCAGGGACCGCGGCCAUGGGGGGGCUCGCAGGUGUGCUGGCGCUGUGGGUGCUGGUGACGCACGUGAUGUACAUGCAGGAUUACUGGAGGACCUGGCUCAAAGGGCUGCGUGGCUUCUUCUUCGUGGGCGUCCUCUUCUCGACAGUCUCCAUCGCCACUCUCUGCACCUUCCUGGUGCUGGCUGUCACCCGACACCAGAGCCUCACAGACCCCAACAGCUACUACCUCUCCUGCGUCUGGAGCUUCAUCUCCUUCAAGUGGGCCUUCCUGCUCAGCCUUUAUGCCCACCGCUACCGGGCUGACUUCGCCGACAUCAGCAUCCUCAGCGACUUCUGACCCGAGGGGUGAGGUUUCUGGACCCCGGAGGUCCUCAGGACCUGGACUCAGCCUCUGAGACACCAGACAGGCCUGCCACACCCCCCUGGAAACCCUAGAUCUGUGGCAGAAGAUGCACAGCAAGAGGACUGCGGUCUCCCCGGAAGCUGUCCUGCUCCCGUUGUGGGGGAGAUCCGGGUGCAGCGGAAAGGGGUCCUUCCUGCCAAGUUGCUCCUCCCCAGCCUGGCUGGAGGGCAGCUUUAGACCUUUUCAAAUGGAUCUAUUUUCUUAGCGCUCAGUGAGGAAUCUUCGCAAGGAGGGCCAGGGCAAUGAGUCAAGGGGUAGGGCAGUGAGCCGUGACCUAUGCCUGGGGGCACUCUCCCUCGGGCCAGGCUGGGAACCUGGGAGGUCAGGUCAAGUAAGGGAUCUCUAGUAGAGGCCUCUCAGGCCCCAGCCCCAACACCCCAUCCUGUUGUCCUUGAGAGUCAGGUAGCUUAACUCCUCAAUCCCAGGGAUGGCAAUACUUGACUCUCUUUUCCCAAGGCCUGGGGACCUGAGAGUUUAGUGUCCCUCAUCGCCCCAGAGCCGGUCUCCCAUGAGUGUGCUAGAACCAGUCAUCUUCGCCAUACCCUUUUACACAUACCGCCCUCCCCAAACAGGACUCCCUGAACGAGGCCAGACUAAGUGUCUGGGAAAGGUGCCCUGCCCCCAGAAGGGCUUUGGGGAAGGGGGCAGCAUGGUGCGGGCUGGAAGGAACCCCUCAGCUCCGUGCCCGGGCACCUCCAGCCCUACAUUUCCAUCCCUUCUCACGUGCAUUAUCCCUAGCCACGAGACACCCCACCGACCCUGCCCCUGCCCACUGCCCUUCACCUAGAGCUUUUGUCUUUUUUAAUCUCCUUUCUGAAGGACAACAUCUGCUUUUCUGCCUAUACACUGGCACAAGGGCUCACCUAACUCGGGAGGGAAGGAGCUAUUGUUACACAGAUCUUUUUUAUGUUAGGCUGCCACGUUGCACGGUCUACCCUCUCCCCACCUGAUGUGUCCUGCCCUUCAGCUCUUUGCCUUAUCUGUGUCACUGUCACUUUAGCAGAAAUACAGCAGCCAUUUGUAUCAGA